AUGUAUGCCAAUAAACGCCGUCAAAGAAAUUUUAAAAGAAUACGUGAAAAUGUUAAACCUUCUACAGCAUCAAAUCCAAGUAAAAGACAUCGUGAAAGAUUAAAUGGUGAAUUGGAGACGAUAGCAAAUUUGUUACCUUAUGAACAAGGAAUUAUUACAAGAUUAGAUAAGUUAUCUGUUCUUCGGUUAGCUGUCAGUUACCUUCAAAUAAAAGCACAUUUUCAAGCAUCUUUUAUACAUCCUACCAUAACUGGUAGUGAAUGGUUACGGUAUAUCAAUUUAUGGAAUCCCCGACAACCUAUGGGUCCAAUACCAACAAUUACAGAUAUUAAUAAUUUUACACCAUUAUAUGAUCCAAAAGAAAGCUCAUUUGAUAUAUUAUCAGCAAAAGCAUUAGGUGGUUUUAUUAUAAUAUUAAAUGAUAAAGGAGAAAUAAAUUAUGCUAGUGAAAAUAUAGAUCAAUUUUUAGGUUUUCAUCAAAGUGACAUUCUUCAUCAACCAAUUUUUGAUAUGAUACAUUCUGAAGAUAGAGAUGAUAUUAAAGCACAAUUAAAUGUUUUUUUUAAAUAUACAGGAACAAUAUCAACACCAUUUGAUUUGAUACAUUUAGAAAAUGGUAAACAUUUAGAAAGAAAUGUUUCAGCACGUUUUCGUUGCCUCCUCGAUAAUACAUGUGGUUUUGUUCGUGUUGAUAUAAAAGGUAAACUUAUCCCAAUUCUUGGACCACAAAUGCAAAUUUUGAAUGCUCAUAUUACUUCUGAGUUAUUGUCACAAAAUAAAUUUGGUCUUGCUGCUAUAUGUUGUCCAUUUGUACCACCACUUCAUAUUGAUGAACAUCUUGAAGAUCCAAUAUUAAAAACUAAACAUACAUUAGAUUUUAAUAUUAUUUCAAUGGAUUCAAGAAUGAAAAAUAUUCUUGAAUUAGAUGAUCAUUUUACUUCCCCAAAAUCAUUUUAUUCAUUUUGUCAUCCUGAAGAUGCUACAUGCCUUGCUGAGGCACAUAAAGAAGUUAUAAAAUCAUCAGCUGCUGGUAUAUUGAUAUAUAGAUUGAUAGGUCAAAAGACGGGUUCAAUUUAUUGGUUUCAAUCAAGUUGUAGAAUAUUUUAUAAAAAUGGUAAACCUGAAACUAUUGGUUUAACACAUAGAAUGUUAACUGAAGUUGAAGGUGUUAAUUUACUUGAUAAAAAAAUUAAUUUAAAAACUAAACUUUUAAGUUUUGAUGAAAGUUUAUUACAAAGUCCAAGAAAUCUUCAAUCAGCUGCUGCUUUACCAAAAAUGACAAAAAUUUCAACAUCUAAUAAUGAAUCUAAUAAAAAAAAUACUAAAGAAAAUAUAUCAAGGCGUAUUGUAGAUAAUAAUAAUUUUCAACUUUCAACAUUUUAUCAAACACCUAGAAUUGAUAUUGUACCACAAAAUUCUAUUUCAUCACCUUAUCCAAUUCAGGUACCAUACAUAUCUACACCAUCAUCAACAGGACCAAAUAAUUAUUAUUCUCCUGUUCAAUAUCCAGUAUCAAUGUCAACAUCAAAUAAUAUUUAUCAAGAUUAUUCAUUAUAUAAUACAACAACUGCUGCUGCAGUUCAUUCACUUUUUCCAACAGAUUUUCAAUAUCCACUUUCUAAUACAUGGACACCAACAACAACAUUAGAAGGAUGUUCAAUGGAUUCUUAUAAUUUCCAGGGACCACAAACAACAUAUAAUCAAAAUCAAUUAUGGUCACCAACAAUAACUACUUCAUAUAAUAAUAUGCCAACAAAUUUUGACUCAACAAUUAAUUAUCUUAAAGAAAGUAAUGUAGAUAAAUUUCAUAAUACAUUUGAUAUUAAUACAAAUGGAAUAAUGGUUAAUUCUAGAAGACAAUCAAAUACAAAUUCUUUAGCAAGUUUGUCAUUUAUUUCAGAAUUAUCAAAUACAUUAUUAACAUAA